GCUGGGAAAGAUCUAUAGGGGAGUUACUGCGCUAUCUAGUAAACAUGGAAUGUGUUUUCCAUCCUUCGGUCGAGCUAUUUCUCAUAAACGCAUGCAUGCUGUGACUCGUCCAACCCGAAACUGCAACACAGCAGGUGCGGGGAGAAAUCCUUGGCUUAGAAGGGAGACCUACAUCUUAAGACACAAACUACUGCGAGACGAGUAUUCACGACCUUACGGUAUCCAAGACCACUAAGUUCACAUUCCUCGCAAAGGAGAAUCUUUGAGUGAAACCGCUCUUAGCUUCGAGUUGCCAACACGUCAUUACUUCGAUUAGGGUAUAGGCAAAAGAUCGCCAGUCAGUUUUGAAACGGCUUAUCACUGAUGUGAAAAUUUUGGUUUGAAGCGCCAUAGAAUAUCAAAACUGGAAGACCCCAAAUUGAAAGGCUAAGAUAUGUAACGGGUAACCAAAUAACCUGGCUGAAAGGAACUUUCGCUAUACAAAAUCUUUUUAAACUGGUAAGUGCAUUCGGACAUAAAAAUAUACCACGAAAGACACAAACACUCCUUUGUAUCUCACGCAGGUUUUCUCAAAAUGGACGUUCACCGUUAGAGUCUGCGCGGCAGUCAAACUUAAGGUAUAUCACGGCGAGCAAGAAACAGUCUUCGAACGAUUGAUCGUCAUGGAAGAAACGAAUCUCUCCUCGAAUGCAUCGCACACCGUAUUCUUUGAAAUGAUACACGAGCCUUUCCCGGUCCGCGUGAUCCGUUUAGCACUUUUCGGGGUGCUUUUUCUAAUGGCUGUUGUAGGGAACGCCUGUGUCUUCACUGCGACUUUGAGGAACAAGAAGCUACAAACAUUUAGCUAUAGCUUGAUAACGUGCCUUUCGGUAGCGGAUUUCACAAGCGUUCUUGGCCUUCCGUUUACUUUGGUUAGUUCUCAGCUUGGCUCCAAUUGGAUUUUCGGCAGUUUUCUGUGUACCCUUUUGAACCCAACGCAAGUUAUGUGCGGUGUGGUGACCACUAAUGUCCACAUGUCUGUGGCCGUGGAACGCUACAUGUCAGUUAUAUAUCCCUUUAAGGGAAAGCCUAAAGGAAAGAGGAAGUAUGCCGUACUAGCGUUGAUAUGGAUUACUGCGGUAUUAUGUGCGAUGCCGGCAUUUUUGAACAAUAAAGUCGUCAUCUACAACACUAACACCGGCCGCACACUGAAUUUAUGCGUGGAGGAGUUUGAUUCGUACAAGUCACGGACAAUUUAUUCGCUGUUCUUACUCUCCGUAAAUUACGGUACUCCUGUGCUAAUCAUGGCGGUACUGUAUGCUAGAGUGAUAUUAAGAUUACGGCAAAGGAGCAAAUUACGACAUUGUAUGAGAAGACACUCAACCAACAAGAGACGACAAACUAUCGUAGAGAGAAAAUUCAUCAAAAUGACUUUCAUGAUAAUGGUCCUCUUUGUCAUGUGUUAUCUUCCUUAUCAGAUAGUGUUCCUUUUGAUACAUUUUGAUGUGGUGCCGGGCUUAGCUUAUGGCUUUCUGCUGUACGAUUACGCCUAUCUUGUCACCUGGUUACCAAAUGCUAUCAACCCCAUUUGCUACGGCGCAAUGGAUAGGUUGUACGCCAAGGCCUUCCGUUUAGCGCUUGGAUGUCUAGUGAACAGAACUAACAAGCUCACUUCUUCUCUCAGAAUGUCAUCAUAUUUAAUUAAAAAAGGAAGUAAGGAGAAAGAAGGAAGCGAUGGGUAGCUGAGAUCUAUCACGAAGAGGCUUUAUACAGUACCCGUCCUUUUCGCAUGCGCUCAGAUACCGGACUAAUCAGCUGACCUCUAAGACGUCACCAUGCUUAUAGAGAAGCAACGGAUAGCAAAAUUAAGGGAAGGGUAAAUAGAAAAGAAAUAUUCAGGUAAAAACCAAUAUAACGAAUCAUAUACGCAGACUAAAAAAAGGUAAAAGUUGGUUCCUAUUUUUCAUUUUGUAUAAAUAAGAUUUGUAUUCAUAAUCGAGUUUUCCUUUAGUUUAUGAAGUGAACCGUGAAAUUAAAAGUGUAGCUUGAAUCACGGUAAAUAAAACAAUAUUAAAUAAAGAUGAGAGAAAUCCAA